UCCGCCUGGCUCCGCGGCGCUGGAAACUUUGCGGGCGGCGCAGUCGGGAGCGGCUCCCGCAGCGCCCGCACGCCCGGCCCCGGCUCCGGCCCCGCUCCGCACCGACCCCCGCGCCGCCCCUCGCCGUCCCGCCCGGCCCCGCACGGCGCGGGCAGCACCGCCCCUCCGCGCUCCGCCGCCGCCGCCCGGCCAUGCGCGCCCGCUGAGCCGCAGCAGAGGCGGCCGCGCUGCGCUGCGCUCCCUCUUUUGAUUUUUCCUGCUGCGUUCCUUGGGGUUCUGCGUUGGUUUUUGCGUUCGCGUGACGCCCCCCGCGGGCGCGGGGCGGCGGCGAUGGGCGCGGCGGCGGGCGGGCGCUCCGCGGGGCGCUGAGCGGGCGCGCAGCGGGCGCGGGCCGCGCCAUGGCCGCCAAGGACAAUCCCUGCAGGAAGUUCCAGGCCAACAUCUUCAACAAGAGCAAGUGCCAGAACUGCUUCAAGCCCCGCGAGUCCCACCUGCUCAACGACGAGGAUCUCAACCAGGCCAAACCCAUUUAUGGUGGCUGGCUGCUGCUGGCCCCGGAAGGAACGGACUUUGACAACCCCGUCCAUCGCUCACGGAAAUGGCAGCGUCGGUUCUUCAUCCUCUACGAGCACGGGCUGCUGCGCUAUGCCCUCGACGAGAUGCCGACCACGCUCCCUCAGGGCACCAUCAACAUGAACCAGUGCACGGACGUGGUGGAUGGGGAGGGCCGGACAGGGCAGAAGUUCUCCUUGUGCAUCCUGACACCAGAGAAGGAGCACUUCAUCCGCGCCGAGAACAAGGAGAUCAUCAGUGGGUGGCUGGAGAUGCUGAUCGUCUAUCCCAGGACAAACAAGCAGAAUCAGAAGAAGAAGAGGAAGGUAGAGCCCCCAACUCCCCAGGAGCCUGGUCCUGCUAAGAUGGCUGUGACCAGCAGCAACAUUCCCAGUGCUGAGAAGGUCCCUGCCACCAAGUCCACGCUCUGGCAGGAAGAAAUGAGGGGCAAAGACCAAGCAGAUGGGGGCAGUGCCAUUGGCCCAGCCCAGAGCCCCAUGCAAGGCCAGGCUGGGGCUGCCAGCUCUAUGAAGGACCCCGUGCUGGACAGCAAGGAAGAGGAGAGCUCCAUGAACGGAGACCGGAUAGACUGCGGGCGGAAGACGCGUGUCGAGAGCGGGUACUUCUCCUUGGAGAAGACCAAACAAGACUCGAAGCUGGAAGAGCAGCAACUGCCACCCCCACCAAGCCCGCCCAGCCCCAGCACCCCGAACAACAGCUUCUCUCUGAACUCCUUGGACUCGAAGAGCAGUUGCCCCAUGCACAAGGACUCCAACAACAGAGAUGUAGGAAGGGGAGCUGAGAAAUCGGGGCGUCCCCUUUCUUUUAAAGCCAGCCGGCAGUACACCACCCUGGCCGACGUUCCCAAGGCCAUUAGGAUCAGUAAUCGUGAGGCCUUCCAGGUGGAGAGGAAGCGGCUAGAGCGGAGAACCCGGGCUCGUAGCCCUGGGAGAGAAGAAGUGGCCCGGCUCUUUGGGAAUGAGAGAAGGAGAUCCCAGGUGAUUGAGAAAUUCGAGGCACUGGAUAUUGAGAAUGCAGAGCACAUGGAAACGAACGCGCCGGGAGGCGCCGCCCUGUCCAGCGAGACGCGGCAGGGCAGGAGUGAGAAGAGGGUUUUCCCAAGGAAACGGGACUUCACUUGUGAAGGAGCAGCCGUGGGCUCCAUCCUGGAUGUGUCUGCGUCACCUCUGUCCCCACACCGCCGGGCAAAGUCACUGGACAGAAGGUCCACGGAGUCCUCUAUGACGCCCGACCUGCUGAACUUCAAGAAGGGCUGGUUGACAAAGCAGUAUGAGGAUGGGCAGUGGAAGAAGCACUGGUUUGUGCUGACUGACCAGAGCCUGAGAUACUACCGGGAUUCAGUGGCAGAGGAGGCAGCUGACCUGGAUGGAGAAAUCGAUUUAUCCACGUGCUACGAUGUCACUGAGUACCCAGUUCAGCGGAACUACGGCUUCCAGAUCCAUACAAAGGAAGGGGAGUUCACACUCUCUGCCAUGACGUCGGGCAUCCGCCGCAACUGGAUCCAGACCAUCAUGAAACACGUUCGCCCCACCACUGCUCCUGAUGUAACAAGGAAAAACUUCUCUUUGAAACUAUCCGUGCUGAAGCCCAGCUCGCUGCCGGAAGAGAAAAGCAAAACAGGCUCUUCCUUCGAGACUGGUCCAAAGCCGAGCGAGAAGCCGGAUGCGGAACAAGCCGAGCUGGACACGGAGCAGAAGCGGAGCCGUGCCCGGGAGCGCCGACGAGAAGGACGGUCUAAGACCUUUGACUGGGCUGAAUUUCGCCCCAUCCAGCAGGCCCUGGUGCAGGAGCGUGCGAACGCCGCAGACUCCUCCAGCAGCGGCUCGGCCGCCUUCCCCAGGGACGCCGGAGCUGCCGACGCCGACCCCGGAGAGCUGGAGCGGGAGCGGGCCCGGCGGCGGGAGGAGCGGCGCAAGCGCUUCGAGAUGAUCGACGCCGUGGACGGGGCAGGGUCAGAAGAGGCGCUGAGGAUGGAGGUGGACAGGAUCCUGCCUGUCCCAGCAGACAUCAAACCGCAGAACGUCCACGUGGAGAUCGAGCAGCGCUGGCACCAGGUGGAGACCACCCCGCUGCGGGAGGAGAAGCAGAUCCCCAUCACGCCCCUGCACCUCGCCCACGCCGAGGACCGGGAAGAGGGGCUGACGAAGCAGCACCUGACCACGCUGCUGGAGAAGGAGCUGGAGCAGAAGCAGAAGGAAGCCCUGGAGCUCCUGGAGCAGAACCGGCACCUGCAGGAUCAGCUGAAAGUGGCUCUGGGCCGGGAGCAGAGUGCCCGGGAGGGCUACGUGUUGCAGACCGAGGUGGCCGCCUCGCCAUCAGGUGCCUGGCAGAGGCUCCACAAAGUCAACCAAGACCUCCAAAGCGAGCUGGAAGCCCAAUGCCAGCGUCAAGAGGUGAUCAAUCAGCAGAUUCAGUCGCUGAAGCGCAGCUACGCCGAGGCCAAGGACGUGAUCCGGCACCACGAGGCCGAGAUUCAGAGCCUGCAGGUGCGGCUCAGUAACGCGGCGGCCGAGCUCGCCAUCAAGGAGCAGACCCUGGCCAAGCUCAAGAGCGACCUGAGGAGCGAGAAGGAGAAAGCCAAAGAGCAGCUGGAGGAGUGGCAGCACGGCGAGGCCGCGCUCAGCUCCCAGCUGAAGGCCAGCGAGCAGAAGCUGAAGAGCGCGGAGGCUCUGCUGCUGGAGAAGACCCAGGAGCUGCGGGACCUGGAGAUGCAGCAGGCUCUGCAGCGGGACCACCAGAAGGAAGUGCAGCGGCUCCAGGACAGGAUCGCGGACCUCAGCGGGCAGCUGAAUGCCAGCGAGCAGGCACGGGUCCUCAUGGAGGAGAAGCUGCAGAAGAACUAUGAGGCUUUGCUGGAGAGCUGCGAGAGGGAGAAGCAGGUUUUGAUACGGAGCCUGAAGGAGGUGGAGGACAAGGCCAACGAGUACGAGAAUCAGCUGCAGAACAGCGAGCAGCAAAUGGAGAUUCUGCAGAAGGAGAAGUUGAGCGCCAAGUUUGAAGGCAGCGAGCUCGUCCACCAGCUGGAGGAGCAGCUGACCAUGAAGGAGGCAAGCAUCCAAAAACUUGCUGAGCACAUCAAGGAACUCGAAAGAGAGAGGGAUGAGAUCAAGUGCCGGUUCCACGAGCUCAUGAAUCAGGUGGCCGAGUCAGAUAACGAAGUUGCAAAGCUACAGGCAAAGUUGAAAAUGGAAGAGACCAACUACCACAAUCUGGAGCAGUCGUUUGAGGAGGUGUCAGAUCAGUUCCGGGGGGUGCAGGAGGUGCUGAAAGAGAAAGAAGAAGAGCUGAGACACGUUAAGGAAAUGCACUUGAGAAUUGUGGAGAAGAAAGAUCAAGAUCUCAGUGAGGCUUUGGUUAAAGUGGUUGCUUUAGAUAGCAGUUUAGAGGAGACUAAAGUAAAGCUAAAGGCCAAGGAGGAGGCUUUAAAGAAAUUAGCUAGUGUGGGCACAGGUCCAUGUGCUGAGGAGGCAGAAGACCUUGGCCCCAGUCUUGAGGCGGACGAAAGCCAUCCAUCCCAAUUGGGGCAGGCUCUGCAAACUCAGGAUGUCCUCCCAGCUCUGACUUAUGCACUGAAGGAGGAGGAGGAUGAGGUUCUUGAGACCACUCAGAGGCAAGUGGAGGAAUUUGGCUCCCCAUCUAAAGUUGUAGAGCUCCAGGACCAAGAGUUGGUUCAGAAAGCUUUAGCAAAGCCUGAUGUAGGAGUCAUGGGGGCCAAGAGGCAAAGGAUCCGUUUUUCAAGCAUCCAGUGUCAAAAAUACAUCCAUCCAGAUGGAUCAGAGAAAAACUGGACGAGCAGUACCUCUUCAGACACAAGCCAGGACAGAUCUCUGUCUGAAGAAAGCAUGUCCUCAGAGCCAGCUCUGGGUUACCCCUCAUCAGGGACCAGUGAUUCUGAGACUUAUCUCUCCAUCAUCCAUUCCCUGGAAACCAAACUGUAUAUUACAGAGGAAAAGCUCAAAGAUGUGACGAUGAAGCUUGAAAGCCAGCACGGCCACAACCAGGAGACGCUCAUCGCCCUCCACCAUCAGUGGGCCAGCACGGAGUCCCAGCUGCGGGAACAGCUUCAGACCAGCUUGUCCCAAGUCAAUGCUUUGAUCUCACAGCUGGAGAGUGAGAGGCAGGAAAAGUUCAAGCUCAUAGAAAGUCACGUCAGCGAGCUGGGAGGUUUCCAGAUGAAAAAUGAUCAAGCACUGACUUGCUUAGAGAAGUGCAGGGAGCAGCUAAGAUCCUUGCCCAAAUCCGACAAAGAUAAAGAGGGAGAUUUGUUCCUGGUUACUCUGUCUAGCAUGGAAACAACUUUAUCAAACGCAAUCCAAGCCUUGAGUGGAGCACCAGUCCCGCUGGAGCAUCAACAGACUGAAAGCCUCACCACAGAGAGCCCUGCUUCAGAAGGAGGGGAUUUGGGAGAAGAGGAGCACAUCUCCAAGGAGCAGCAAGCAGAUGUGUUUGACACCGGCCAGCUGAGGUGGCUUUCUGAGAGGGUGGCAUUUGAGGCCUCUCUCAUCAACCAAAUAGCAGAGUCUUUGAAAAAUGCAAGCUCUGAGAUAGCCCAGCUUCUGAGAGAGAUCCAGGGAACGGCCGAGGUGGUUUUGUUGGAGCCAGCAAGUGUUUCUCAUACAGCCAAUGAUUUGGCCAGCGUCCUGUCUAAAAAGCUGCUGCUGGAAGGGGAGUUUUGGAGCCAGGUGGAGGAGCUGAGAGCACACUUGAGCACUAGAGAAGGAGAAGCAGAGGGUCAAACAGAAACAAGUUUGGGCAUUUCUCCAUGUUUUCUCAGUGCUGUAGCAGAUGCUACAUUGAUCAAGGCAGAACUUGGGUUUGUUGCAGAGAAAAUGAGAGAAUCUUUUCAUCAGAGGUUAAAAGCAAUUGAGGAAGAGCUCCAUAAUACCAAAACAGCUCUCCAGCAGCACAAAUGCAUGUUGGAGGAGAUCAUCAAAGCUUACAGGACUCCUGAGUUUGACAGAGUUAUGCACCAGAUUUCUGAAGCACUUGAAAUACAAAAAGAUGCUUCAGAAAGAACCCAGAUCUCUUGGGAUGGGAGCUGUGUCCAAAUGGUGCCGUGCCAGGAAUUAGCCAAGGUGGAGGAGACUGGCAGUGCCUCAGACCGUAGUAGUGAAGCUCUUGUUUCCAUUCAGGAAGAUCUUGCCCAGCAGCUAAAGGACAAAUCCAAUGUUCUGAAGGAGAUAUCUGUUGCCUUACUCUCUCUGCCUCCUGAGGAGGCCGUGAGAGACUGUCAGAAGCUCCUGAAGAUGUCCCAAAGUCUUUCCUACCAUUCGUGCAUGGGAGACCUGGAGCGGUAUUCGUCUUUGUUAGUCCACGAUGCCAUUGUUCAGGCUCAGGUUUGUUAUGCUGCCUGCAAAGUCCGGCUGGAGCACGAGAGGGAGAUGAAGUCCUACAAGGAGUCCCUGCAGAGCAUGGAUGCCCUGUGCCAGGAGCGCGUGAAGACGGUGUCUCUCCUGCGGGACGAGUACGAGGAGCUGCUCAGGAAGCAGCAGGGCGAGUACAGCGAGGUGAUCGCCGUGCUGGAGAGGGAGAACGCUGACCUCAAGGCAAAGGUGUCCCAGCUGGACAACCAGCGGAGGCUCUUGGAGGAGGAAGGGCACGAGCACAGCAAGAGCUUGAGCGAGCUGCAGGGGCGGUACGAGGAGGAGAUCCGCAACGUGAUCGAGCAGCUCAACAGGACAGAGGAUGCCCUGAAGGCCGAGAGGGUGGAGGGGCUCAGCCAGCUGGACGCCGUUGUCCGCGACAAGCAGAACAUGGAGCAGUAUCACCUGGAGCAGAUGCAAACGCUGGAGGAGAAGUUCCAGGCCAAGAUCAAGGAGCUGCAGGUCAUCCACGGCGAGGAGCUGCAGGCUCUGCAGGAGCACUACAGCCAGAACCUGCAGCGCCUGCAAGAGACCCUCGAUGAGUACCAGAGGCAGCACCCGGAGGCGUCCCCCGCGGUGGCCCCGGGCUCUGGGGACACGUGGGUGGCCGGCGAGGCGGGUGGCACCGGGCAGGACCCCGGCAGCGACCCGGACUCCAUGCACGGCCUGAGGGAACGCAUCCAGGAGCUGGAGGCCCAGAUGAACGUCAUGAGGGAUGAGCUAGAGAACAAACAUCUGGAGGGGAACGCUUCCACUUUGAGGGAAAAAUACCAGAAAGACUUUGAAAACCUAAAGGCAACAUGUGAGAGGGGCUUUGCAGCCAUGGAGGAGACGCACCAGAAGAAGAUCGAGGACCUGCAGCGGCAGCACCAGCGGGAGCUGGAGAAGCUGCGGGAGGAGAAGGAUCGCCUGCUGGCAGAGGAAACGGCUGCCACCAUCUCAGCCAUCGAAGCCAUGAAGAACGCGCACCGGGAGGAGCUGGAGCGGGAGCUGGAGAAGUCCCAGCGCUCCCAGAUCAGCAGCGUCAACGCCGACAUCGAGGCCCUCCGAAGGCAGUACCUGGAGGAGCUGCAGUCGGUGCAGCGGGAGCUGGAGGUGCUUUCGGAGCAGUAUUCCCAGAAGUGUUUGGAGAAUGCCCACCUGGCGCAGGCGCUGGAGGCUGAGAGGCAGGCCCUCCGCCAGUGCCAGCGGGAGAACCAGGAGCUCAACGCCCACAACCAGGAGCUGAAUAACCGCCUGGCUGCGGAGAUCACGCGACUGCGGACCCUGCUGACCGGGGAGGGCGGGGGAGAGGCUGCUGGGUCGCCUCUCACGCAGGGCAAGGACGCCUACGAGCUGGAGGUCCUGCUGCGGGUGAAAGAAUCCGAAAUCCAGUACCUGAAGCAGGAGAUCAGCUCCCUCAAAGACGAGCUGCAGACAGCACUGAGGGAUAAGAAAUACGCCAGCGACAAGUACAAAGACAUCUACACGGAGCUGAGCAUCGUGAAGGCCAAGGCAGACUGUGAUAUCAGCAGGUUGAAAGAGCAGCUGAAAGCAGCCACAGAAGCUCAGGGAGAGAAAUCCCCUGUGAACACCACUGUAUCGGGAUAUGAUAUUAUGAAAUCAAAAAGCAACCCUGAUUUCUUGAAGAAAGACAGAUCCAGUGUUAGCCGGCAACUAAGGAAUAUCAGGUCAAAGUCCGUUAUUGAGCAGGUCUCAUGGGAUAACUGAAAUGAACCCGAGUCCAGGUUCCCUGCCACGUAGAGUCUGAAGGAAGGCCUGACUGUGCAAGAACGCCUGAAGCUUUUUGAAUCCAGGGACUUGAAGAAAGACUAGUUCUCCCCGCUCCGCUUGACCACGCGCACCUCCCAGCUUGAGGCAGCACAGCACCAGCACCGUUUGUCUCUCGUUCCUUACGAUGUCCUCGCUGUCGUUCGUCCUGACGCCCCGACGGGACCCGGCGCCGCGGUGGCGGUGCCCCCCUCGCCUCCCCGGCUCCUUUCCCUGCUUGUGAGAUGCUCCAGAGACUCUGAGAGGGAGAGGAAGGGAUCGGAGUGGGGUUUUCCCCCCUCUCUUCGGCGCUUUGUAGGAGAAUCCUUUCUUUACUGUAAACCAUUACACUAAGUGUCAGUAUUAAGGCUCAGCAGCCUGUUAAUAAGCUAUAGCUCUGUCGGGAAGAGCGAGCAGGGCCUGGGUGGUGUCGGCCAGACCGAGCUCUUACUGCUGUCUAGAGACCCCGUGCUCAGAGCACACCGGGAGCCUGAUCUAACCAUUGAUCUCGACUGCAUUACUUGCACCUACAAGGGGGGAAAGCCGGGGGAAGCUGCCGGGGAGCGCGAGUACCUGGAGGUACAACACUGACAUCUCGCCGGAGAAGGAUGCAAGAAGUGAUUCUCCUGCCCCGUGACUGUGCCGUAUCCUGAAUGUAGGUGCCACCGAAGCCUGGCAAGCUUUGGUGGCUGCCCGGGUGGUUAUGGAUGGGGAGCUGCAGCUACUGAAGUGCACCAUCGAGCCGGCCCCGCCGGCGCGUCCUCGCUCCCGUCUCGCUGGUGGUCGGAGUUGGUGUUCUGGGGGCCGAGCUGUAAGAUCACUUUCUUGCCUCUGUUAGAUCAAGCCCAGCACUCUCUUUUUUUUUUUUUUUUUUUUCUUUUUUUUUUUUUUUUUGCUGUUACUCCCUUCCUCUCAUUGAAUCCCGUGUAUCCCAGGGUCUGUGCGCAUGUGAAACUCCCUUUUCCUAGUCAAAGGAAAGUAGAGUAGAAAGUAGAGCCAAUAUUGACUGAAAAUGCACAGUGCUCAAUGCAUAUAAUGCUCCUUUUUUACCAGCUUCUUGAAUUCAACUCUUCUUGUCAGCAGGGCAGCUCCUAUUUUAAUUCUUUAAUCUUUUCCUGAAAUAAAGAUCUCAAAACCAG